UCAAAUUUUUUCAUCAAACCCUGUAUUAUGACUUAGGACACUAAAUAGGACAGCUGUUGGACUUGCUCUUAAUCCGGUAAUUUGUGCUUGAUGGGUUGUUCUUAUUAGCUCAAAGUUUUGAAAUUUAAGAAUUUUAAGCAAGUCCUUUGCUUGUUGCAAGUCAGGUAGGGUCUGAACUCUAAAUUCUUUUAGCCUGUGGAAUUUGUUGGUAAUAGAGAGAGAGGGAGGGAGAGGGAGAGAGGAGGGAGAGGGAGAGAGAGGGAGAGGGAGGGAGGGAGAGAGAGAGGAGGGAGAGAGAGAGAGAGAGAGAGAGAGAGAGAGAGAGAGGGGUGAGAGAGAAAUGGAGAGAAAGAGAGAGACCUACUUGCCCUUCUGGAAUUCUUAAAAGAGAUGAGAAGUGAAGUUUGAAGGAGGGAAGGGAGGAGUUGAACUUGACCCAUUUGGGUAUCUUGAGAUAAUGAGAUUCCUUUAAUUAAUUAGUAGCCCUCUGGAUAUUAAUAGAGAUGAGAAGUGAAGUUUGGAGAUGGGGUUUAGGUUUGAGUUACAUAGUGUCGGUUGCAAUUAUUUGGAUUGCUUCUAGUUUUGUAGUUCAAUCAGUUGUUGAUUCUGGGGUUUCGCCAUUUCUUAUUACCUAUACAUGUAAUUCAUUGUUUGUGGUUUAUUUACCCCUAGUGGAAAUUGGACGGUGUUUGAAAGAUAUGUAUGGUAGCUUAGUUUUCUGGAGAAAAGAUGGUAGUUUGCUCAAGCGGCAAGGGUCUGAAGAGGCUGUUCUUCUUAGCGGAAGUGAUAGUAAUUAUCAAGUUGAGAGUUUGAAUCAAGACGAGGUUGAAGAGAAAUCAGAACCUUUUAAUUGCGAUGGUAUUGUGGUAGGGACAUUAGAAUCGGAUCAAACUGAUACAUAUGAAAAUGUUGAUGAUGGUCUGGAUGAGAGAGGACGGUGGACUCGGAUUAGGGUGGCAAAAGUCAGCCUGUUAAUAUGCCCAUUUUGGUUUCUCGCACAACUUACAUUCAAUUUUUCCCUAAAAUAUACUACAGUCACGUCUAACACCAUCCUAAGCAGUGCUUCAAGUCUUUUCACGUUCCUUGUCUCUCUGGCGUUUUUGGGUGAGACAUUCACUUUGGUAAAGCUGAUUAGCGUCCUUCUUUGCAUGGGAGGAACAAUUAUUGUUAGUUUGGGAGACUCAGAAUCAGGAUUGAGAGAUGUUGCCUCAAACCCUCUUCUUGGGGAUAUCCUUGCUCUUAUAUCUGCUGCAUUAUAUUCUGUGUAUAUUACACUUAUUCGUAAGCAUAUACCUGACGAUGACGUUGGAAAUUACGGACAUGUUAGUAUGGCACAAGUCCUUGGAUUUCUUGGGCUGUUCAACCUUUUGAUUUUUCUUCCUGUUGCACUGGUACUUAAUUUCACCAAGUUGGAGCCUUUUAGUAUGCUCACAUGGAAGCAGUUUGGCCUGAUUGUCGGAAAAGGUUUGAUAGACAAUGUUUUAAGCGAUUACCUAUGGGCCAAGGCUGUUCUUCUCACGACGACAACAGUAGCAACAGCAGGACUCACAAUUCAAGUUCCUUUAGCUGCUCUUGUUGAUUCAGUGACAGGAAAUGCACCGCAUGCUAUGGAUUAUGUAGGGGCUGCUGCUGUCUUGGUCGGUUUUGUGGGCAUUAACAUCCCGUCAGACACAUUCUCAAGAUCCCCAGUAUCACUUGAAUAAUGCUUAUUACUCGUCUACUAAUCAAGAACACCUUGAAGAAAAUCUACAAAGCAUUCGUCAAUUCUGUUGAAUUUGUAUUAUUGCAGGAAUUUUUGCCCGUUCUGUUUUAUCUUUCUAUCAAAUUUUCUGCAAAUGUACUUGAUGUAUUCACAUCCUCAAUGUAUAUAUUAAUCCAAAGAUCACAAAUUACUGAACAAUAAAUCUUGAUCAUUGUAAGAGCCUAUUUGAUUGGAAUUAAAAUUAUGAUUAAUGUUUUAUCACGAUUUUUCGUGGUAAGUGUGUA